AUGGGUUCCAUAGCUUCAGACCCGUACCCCAAAACAGGUAUCGAUGUCCUAAUCGUCGGCACCGGACUCGCCGGCCUGACAGCCGCCAUCGAAUGCACACGCAAAGGGCACAAUGUGCGGCUUCUCGAGCGAAAUGCAGAUAUCAGUACCGCAGGCGACAUGUACUUCAUGGGCCUCUCCGCAACCCGUUUCUUCAAGCACUGGCCAGAAAUGGCGCAAGAAUACUCCACCAUCUCCCUCCACAACGCGUAUAUCGCGACAUUCAAGCACAGCGGCGAGCAGAUCAUCCCGCCCCUGAAGGUAGCCGAGCGGCUGAAGGCCCAGGGCCUGGACCCCAACACCCCGCCCGGCGCGUUCCAGAUCCGGCCGCUCGUGUACCGCAUGUUUGUGCGGCAGGUCGAGAGGCUGGGCAUCAGCAUCAAGUUCAACCAGCGGGUUGUCGACUAUUUUGAGGAUGAGGGGAAAGGGAAGGGCGGGGUUGUUACGGAGGAUGGGCAGAGGUAUGAGGCGGAUGUCGUUAUUGCUGCUGAUGGGGUUGGGUCGAAGAGUCAGAGGCUUGUGGGUGGAGAGGUUAGGGCGAGGAGCUCGGGGAGGGCGAUGUGGAGGGCGGCGUUCCCGAUUGAGUGUCUUGACAAGAAUCCGGAGGUUAGGGAGUUUUUCCGCUUGGUGAAUGGGACGGAUCCGAUUGUGAGGACAUGGCUGGGGCCCAUGACCUAUGCUAUGACUCUGACGCGGGAGGACGUGAUGGUCUGGCUCCUCAACCACGAGGUAACAGGCACCGAAGCCGAAUCCUGGCACAACACCAUCUCUUCCUCCGAAGUGCUCGCCGACAUGGACAAAGUCCGCGGUCCCGCAAAAUGGGCUCCCGUCUUCAAGGAGCUGGUCAAAUGCACGCCACCAAACACCAUCGUCAACUUCGCGCUGCUGUGGCGAGAUCCGCAGCCGAGCUGGGCGUCUCCCGGCGGGCGCGUCAUUCAGAUUGGCGAUGCUGCGCAUUCGUAUUUGCCGUCCUCGGGGAAUGGCGCGACGCAAGCGAUCGAGGAUGCGGUGUCGCUUGCGUCGUGUUUGCAGAUUGGGGGGAGGGAGAAUGUUGCGCAGUCGGUGAGGGCGCAUAUUAGGAUGCGAUUCGUCCGUAACGCCUGCGCUCAAAAGCUCGGCUUUGCCAACGCGGCGCGGCUGCAAGAUACAGACUGGGAGAAAGUGAAGCUCGAUCCACGAGUCGCGGCCCCGGCCCUUCCAAAAUGGGUCUGGAGCCAUGAGCCGGAGGCAUACGCGUAUGAGAACUAUGACAAGGUCGUUGAGUCAAUGAAGAAGGGUAUUCCGUUCGAGGACGACGACAGCAUUCCGCCGAACUACCCCAAAGGCUACAAGUACGAGCCUUGGAGCAUGGACAAGAUCGUGGACGACAUGAACAACGGCAGGCCGGUAGAUUUAGGCCCGGGAGAGUGGGCGUAG